UCUCAAACUACCACGUCUGCAGCUGUGUGAGAGAGGGUGAAGAGAGAGGAAUCAAAAUAUCCCGACACAUGGAAAAGUUAGGGGAAGAUACAAAGAAAUAGAUAAAACGGUGAGGACUGCGGACAAAGAGAAACAAGGUAGUCGAUUAUAGUUAGAGUGGAAACUGAGCCGUUAAAACGUCGGAUGCCAAAUAAUUGACGCACUUCUUACUUUAAUCAAGUUAAUCCUCAGUUUAUGUUGAUAAAUAAAUCUGUUUUUUCAUUAGAAGCUAACUGUGUUGAAGAUGUACAUUUUCGACCUAGGAUGCAAGUGAUAAUAAUAUUUUUGACACUUUAUUUAGCAUUUGGAAGCAUUUUUCCUUUAGGUGUAGUCUAGUUGUCUCUUGAAAUUUGUUGAAGGCAUUUUUCCAUAUAAUGUUUUGACAAAUAGCUUCUUGAAGAAUCAAGCAAAAGUCAUAGAGGGAAAAACAGGGCCUUUUUGAACGUGUCGUGGUCAAGGAAUGGCACUCUGGAUAGAGGCGUUUGCCCAACUGCUGUUUCUCGUGUUGGCAUGGGACCAGAGCGCACAAGGAGCGGCGCCACAAGAUGUAAAACCUGAGGUGUGGUUGCAGCAAUAUGGCUACCUGCCGCCAGUUGACCUGCGGACACAUGCUGCCCGCUCCCCUCACUCCAUCACCACGGCCAUCGCAGCCAUGCAGAGAUUCUAUGGCCUGACCAUCACCGGCUCUAUCGACACUAACACUGUAGAGGCGAUGAAGCGGCCUCGCUGUGGAGUUCCAGACAAGUUUGGCACUGUGCUGAAGAGCAACCUGAGAAAGAAGCGCUAUGCUAUCCAGGGCCUGAAAUGGGACAAGACCGAUCUCACCUACUGUAUACAGAACUACACCCCUAAGGUGGGGGAGUAUGAGACCUAUGAGGCUAUCAGGAAGGCCUUCAAGGUGUGGGAGAGAGUGACCCCUCUACGCUUCAGGGAGAUCCCCUACAGUCACAUACGGGACAAGGUGGUGGACAUGGCAGACAUCAUGCUCUUCUUUGGUGAGGGUUUCCAUGGCGACGCCAGUCCCUUCGAUGGCGAGGGGGGCUUCUUGGCACACGCCUACUUCCCCGGGAACGGCAUAGGGGGAGACACUCACUUUGACUCUGCAGAGCCCUGGACGGUCGGCAACAGUGAUCUGUCAGGCAAUGACGUGUUCCUGGUGUCGGUACAUGAGUUGGGUCAUGCUCUUGGUCUGGAGCACUCCAACGACCCCUCUGCCAUCAUGGCUCCAUUCUACCAGUGGAUGGACACCGAGAACUUCCAGCUGCCUGAAGAUGACCUCAGGGGGAUACAACAAAUCUAUGGGGGUAGAUCAGGUGGUGGCCCCCGCCUUCCUCCACCUACCCCACGCUCCCCUCACCACCCACCCAAACCCACUCACACCCCAUACAACCCUCGCUUUGGUCCUGACAUCUGUGAGGGACACUUUGACACCAUCGCCAUCCUCCGAGGAGAAAUGUUUGUGUUCAAGGAUAAGUGGUUCUGGAGAGUCCGUAAUAACGCGGUUCUGGAUGGAUACCCAAUGCCAAUAGGUCAUUUCUGGAGGGGCCUGCCAUCAAACAUCAAUGCUGCUUAUGAAAGGGAUGAUGGCAACUUCAUAUUUUUCAAAGGAGACAGGCACUGGGUUUUCAAGGAGUCUCUUCUGGAGGAUGGCUAUCCCAAGCCUCUGAAGGAGAUGGGCAGUGGUCUACCCAAAGACAAAAUAGACACCGCUCUCUUCUACACCCCAACCGGCAAGACAUACUUCUUCAGAGGACACAAGUACUAUCGAUACAAUGAGGACUCACGCUCUGUGGACCCUGAAUACCCCAAACCCAUCAGUGUGUGGCAGGGCGUCCCAGACAAUAUUAAAGCUGGCAUCAUGAGCAUAGACCAAGGACACACCUACUUCUACAAAGCCAAUAAGUAUUGGAAGUUCAACAACCAGAAGUUGCGUGUUGAGCCUGGAUACCCCAAGUCUGCUCUUAAGGACUGGAUGGGCUGUCCAGAGGAGGACCCCAAGACCGACGGAGGGAGAGGGGGUGGAGGACACGACCGGGAAGACAGAGAGGAGGAUAGAGAUGAGACGGAGGUGAUCAUCAUCGAGGAGGAGGGAGGAUCUGGCGUAGGGGCGGGCGUGGCGGCGGUGGUGGUGCCCCUCAUGCUGCUGGCGUGUGUGAUCCUCACUCUGGGGGCACUGCUGUUCUUCCGCAGGUACGGCACCCCACGCCGUCUCCUCUACUGCCAACGCUCACUACUGGACAAGGUGUAGAGGGGAGGAGAGGGAGGAGAGGGAGAGAGAAGGAAAGAUAGGAGGUUGAAGAGUUGAGAGGGACUGAAUAGAAGAGAAGAGAGUGAACAGAGGGACUUGCUAGUGGAGAUGAGGGAGAAAAAUGAGAGAACUAAAGGGAUCUGUAGACUAUGAGCGAAGGUUAGCCAGAGCAAGAUAUACUUGUUAGCUAUAGCUUAGAUAUUCCUACCGGUGCCAACUUAAAUAUGGAAGAGAUUCCUUUUGCUCUUUCACUCCCACUCUAGUCCUCUAUUUCUGUCCCCUCUUCUCUUCCCUCCUUUCUCUAGUUGUGUUUGUUGACGCCAGCUCAUCGCUGUUUGUUUAGCCUUUUUUAAUUUCAUUUUUUAGUUGUUGUCGUCAGUGUUUGUGUCCUGGUGAAUUUCAGCUUUAUUUGAACAUGAUUAUGUUCAGUGCCUCCAUCCAUCCAUUCCACCACCUAUUGUGGUAAAGAAUACAACCAGCAUCAUGUGAUGUUCUGCUCCAUGUUAGAAGAUGAUGCUAGAUUCUGUCAAAGCCUUUCACCCGUUAAGUGUUGCCUCAUAGACAGUAUCUCAGUUAUAUCACAUGAACUAUGAAUGGUCUGAAGAGAGAGGGGAUAUACACUGAGUAUACCAAACAUUAGGAACACCUUCCUAAUAUUAGGUUGCA